ACCCCCGAUCGCAAAUUCAAAUCGCCCGAACGGUCGAACCACGAGCUGUUCCCCAUCCGGCAAUCCCUAGCCCCCGAUCCAGCAAUCCCCCUCCAUCCGAAGCCCCGAGCGCUCGCAGAUGGCGCCGCCUGCGCCGAUGCAGCUCAAGGUGCGCCUCCCGGAGAACGAGGAGGUCGCGCGCGCCCUCCACGAGAAGCGGCUGGCGAUGAGGGAGCAGCCGAGCGGUUUCAAGGAGCACCUCGACCGCACGUUCGGCAAAGCCUACCACAAUGUCUGCGCUGCCACGGAGCCCAUCCGGACCCUCAAAGACUUCUCCAAGAUCAAAGGUGUGGGACCAUGGCUCAUACGUUGUAUGAAAGGAUUCUUUGCAGAGUCUAGCCAGGAUUUAUCUCCUGCUAAACGUAAUGUAGCAGGAGAGAAUGGGAAGAAACCAAGGGGGCCAAAGCGUUGUGUGCCAAAGAAGAAAACUGCUGCUUCUGGUUCUCCUGGAAAGGAGGCUCCUGCCAACUUAAACUGUCAGAUUGCUCUGUCUCUUCCUCCAUGCCAAGGAACACUUGAUCUGCAAUCAGCUGGUAAAAUGGAUUCUGCUGAAUUUAAUGUGCUAGACAAGAACUCCGUAUUAACGGACCACUCUAUACUAGCUAUGCCACCUCAUCAAUCAAACGAGGAGUUUCUUGAAGCUUAUGAAGUUGUUUUGAUACUAGAUGAUCGUGAGAAUUUCGGGUCUCGUUCGAGAAAAGUUGCAUCAAGAAAAGUUGCUGAUAACAUAUGUUCACAGUUUAAUGUAUCUGUAGAGGUUAAGCGUUUGCCUGUAGGUGAUGGCAUUUGGAUUGCUCGUCAUAGGAAAUUUCUUACAGAGUAUGUUCUGGAUUUCAUUGUUGAAAGGAAAAAUGUUGCAGAUUUAGGUAGCUCAAUUAGAGACAACAGAUACAAAGAUCAGAAAUCACGGCUGCAGAAUUGCGGGCUAAGGAAGCUCAUAUAUCUUGUUGAAGGCGAUCCAAACACUGCAAACGGAUCAGUGGCAAGCAUUAAAACAGCCUGUUUCACCACUGAGCUUUUCGAAGGAUUUGAUGUUCUGCGGACCACUGGGUACACUGAUACCCAGAGAACAUAUGGCUAUCUUACACAAUCAAUAAUUGACUACUACAGCACAAAUUUCUGCAGUCUUGCUAAAAGUGAUCGUAUUUGCCCAACCUAUGAUGAGUUUGAGGGAAACUGCCGUAGCCUUCAGAAGAAAACAGUGAGCCAAAUAUUUGCUCUGCAACUUAUGCAGGUGCCACAAGUAACAGAGAAAGUUGCGUUGGCUGUUAUAGAGUUCUAUCCAACUCUUUUAUCUCUCGCAAGGGCAUACUCUAUGCUUGAAGGUGACAUCUGUUCCCAAGAGGAGAUGCUGAAGAACAAGAGCAAGGUGAUAAACGCGGGGGCUAGCAGAAACAUCUUCAAGCUUGUCUGGGGUGAUGGAUGUAAUCUUCAGGCAUAGUUUCGACUUUCGACUGACCAACUUAAAUAGCUUUUGUAUGUCACCAUCUUGGUGGCCAUGUUUUGUGUAGCUCACUAGCUCCUUAUUUAUCCGAGAUUUCAUGGCAUGGCUUCAAUGGUUCGGCAAACACUGAACGCUUCAGAGCCUGUGAUUAGUUGCGCCUAUGGUUUAGAGUGUGUGUGGCUCCAGCCUCCAGCCUCCAGGUUGUACAAGAUGUAAUCAUGUGGAGCAUAUCUAUUGCUCAGUGUUUGGAUUAUAUGAUGUUCCUUGUUAUCUCUGCCUUUGUUUUUUAUC